AUGCCUUCGAACCUCCUCCUUUCGGUGGGGUUUCGAGCCGAGUUCCUUAUCGGCUUUACCGAAACGGAUCAUGACAACAACAAUGACAACCUUGCCUGUAUUACCAACCGACCGAACAAUGGGGGGCCUCCUGCAGUCCCUCUCCCGCCGCCGGACCCGGCCUCCCAGCCGAUCCGCCUGCCCGUCCGCAACAGCCCCGAGAGCCACGAUCGCGUGCUCUUCGGUGCUGUUGUCCACGCAAUGGGCAACUCGAUCGCCGUCUCCCAGUUCAUCGAGGAGACCGAUCCAAUUUACCCUUUGCUGGCAACUGACGCCAUGCGGUCCCCCCCACUAUACGCAAAAAGCCAAUUUUGGUUCGCACAUAAGUGGUUUGUGGCUUCGGCCGCUUCUCAUUUCGUGGGCCCGCUGGUUCCUGUCAUGCUCCCCCGACCCCCUCGACGUGGAGGUGGCCCUCAGGCUCCCUCCCCCCUCCUAGCGUUCUCCUGGCGACCUGUCGCCAUUACAACGCCCGUGUUCACGGUCUCGGAUGUUCUUCCAGACAUGUUCCUACUGCCCGACCCACAGCAAGAUCAACAUGCGUUUGCCAACCACGUCUUCGAAGCCCAGCGACGCUCCAAUGCGCUUGUCUCUGCUCCCCUGCAGGGCCUGCGCUCGCUCGUCCUUACGCAGCUUAACGAUUCGUGCUCCUUCGUGGUUCACGUUGGCUUAACCUGUUCCGAUGAGGAGAACGAGCCGCGUCGACUCCUGGCCUUGAAGAAGCUGGUGACAAUUCUGUGGCUCGGUGGUGAGGCGUUCCUGGCCAAGCUAGCUGGCCCCAAGGCCGUGGCCGUGACACCCUUGCUGACCGAGUCGGCAAGUCUCCGUGUGCGGCCCUCUGGGUUUGCAGGCCACCUGUUGAACGUUUUGGACGACAACCAGGGCAGCAAUUCUGCGUACGACAAGUGGCUGUCCCCUUUACUGGGUCCAGCCCCUGUCCUCGCAGACGUCCACAAGCAGGUCACCCAACGCAACCUGGCGGACUAUGUCCUGCGCCGGGAGACACCGAACGUGGGCACUCGGCCCGGGCGACGGAGGUUCGGAGUCAAUACCGACCUCACCGUCUCGCAUGAGCUUUUCCUGCUCUGGCGUGCCCGUGAUGUUGACACCAUUGCCAAGCUCAUGACCCCGUACUUUUGGAAGGGCCCGUCUCAGGUCCCGCCGCAGCACUGCGCAAUUGACUUUGCCAAUCUCCGCAACGAUGUGCGUGAAGAACACCGUUCUACGCAUCAUGCGACCAUUGCAUUUCGCCUGUUCCCAGCAACGCUUGAUCCUGCCAUGGUUCUGGCCUGGACGCGCCUGUCUGCCGGCUUAGCGGCGCAGGCGGCCUUUACCUCUCCGGCCCAGUUCCUGAAGAUCUGCAACCGCCUCACCGGCGGACCGAAGGGUGAUAGCAAUGGCUCGCAUAGCCCAGACAGCAGCAACGACGGCAACGAGGGCAGUGUUAGCAGCAGUAGUGGCGGCCCCGGCAGCAGCAGCUAUGGUGGAAGCUCCGGCAAUGACGGUGACAAGGAGAGUAGUGGCAACAGCAGCGACAGUGAUGGAGCGGACACCGUCCGAGGUGCCCAACGCUCCAAUGUCGCCCCCGAACUACUUAUUCCUUUUCGCCAGGCAUCCACCGCUGCUCCUCCUGUCGAUAACUGGGUCGCUCCGCCUGGACUGGCCCUUCCCAUCGCACGUCCUCCGGUCCGGUUCAUCCCUGGCUAUGCCAUCGAGGCCCCGGCUGACAAUCGGUUUGACCGCCCAGCACCCGUGCUUCCCAUCGUUCAGCCUCUAGCGCGCGUCCUGGCCCGGCCAAACCGGCCUCGUGUGCGUCUGUCCGCCGGUUUCACAGACACGGAAGGUGAAGAUGGCGGUAACCUUCAAAACCAUAACACGCAGCUCGCCGCCACCAUUUAUGCGUUGGACAAUUACGACUCCCAGGCCAGUGGCUGGACCAGCGGCUGGUCCAGCAACAGUAUGCCGUACACGUCGGCAGAAGGAGAGGAGGUUCCUGAUUCGACCGGAGCUCAGCCAAUGAAUCUCACAUCCGACGAGUCGGAGCCAUCCUCUUCUUUCCAGAACCUGAAUGGCAACGAGCCUGCUACCAACAACCCUGGAUCUCAGGGGCGCAACUAUUUCAGUGUGGUGCUUGCGUCCGACAACCAUGCUUCGGAUACCGACGGUUGGACUAGCGACAGCCCGCCAUACACGACGGACGAAGAGGAGAACAUCUCUGCUCCCGCCGGAUUUCAACCAAUGGAUCCCACAUCCGGCGAGUCGGAGUCGUCCUCUUCCCAAGACGCACACCGCAGUGAGGUGUCUCCUCCCCAGAACCCUGGGCUUCAAGCUGCACUUUCGCCUGACUACCCCGGCACGAGUACCGAAGGCUGGACAAGCGAUAGCCCGCCGUACACGACGACUGACGAGGAGGACGCUUCUGAUUCGAGCGGAGCUCUGCCAAUGGAUCUCACAUCCGACGAGUCGGAGCCGUCCUCGUCUUUCCAUGUAUUUUCGUCUGACCACCACGGCCCGAGUACCGACAACACGCCCUACAUGACGACCGAGGAGGAGGACGCUUCGGAUUCGAGCGGGGCCUUACCAAUGGAUCUCACAUCCGACGAAUCGGAAUCGCCCUCCUCGUCCCAAGGCGGAAAUGACAACGUUCCCGACAUGGUUGAGUCUGAAAAUCACGGCUCGAAUACUGACGGCUGGACUAGCGACAGCCCGCCCUACACUUCGGUAGGAGACACUUCGGCAGGAGACACUUCGGCCGAAGAAGAGGAGCCUUUCACUCCGACGCAGCUGAUGGACCUCUCGUCUUAUGACAUCGAGCCAUCUUCCGUUCUUCCCAAUGAUCCAAACCAUGCCAUUGAUGAAUCUGACCGCUACCAUACGGAUACUGAAGGCUGGACUAACGACAGCCCGCCCUACACUUCGGUAGGAGAAACGUCGGCUGAAGAAGAGGAGCCUUUCACUCCGACCCAGCUGAUGGACCUCUCGUCUUAUGACACCGAGCCGUCUUCCGUUCUUCCCAAUGAUCCAAACCAUGUCAUCGAUGAAUCUGACCGCUACCAUACGGAUACUGAAGGCUGGACGAGUGACAGUCCCCCGUACACCUCGGAAGAGGAGCAUUCCUGCCCUUCCGUUGUGCACGAUGCUAACCUUGACGCUGUCAUGUCGGGCGAGUCCGAUAACCAGUCUGUGGUCCCAGAAUCCGCUUCUAACCAUGCCGUUCCUAGUGACAACGACCCAAACGACACUCCACCACAGCCCGCUCAUGCUGCUGGCAUUCCGGCCGCGAGCUUCGUCCAGAACUCUCAGAGUGACGCCUCUCGCGAAGGCUCGCCCCUGGAUGACCAUGUACGCGACAACAGCAACGACCUGGACGCUGAUCCGUUUGAUGUCUGGGCGUUUGUGCGAUGGCUGAACAUUGGUCAGGAGCCGCUUGAAACUCUACGCCAGUUUGUCGACGUGCACAACAAUGUGCACCCCGAAGACCAACCUCAGGCGGACGGCGGGCUGCCCACGUUUCCCCGGUAA